GAUUGUUCAGAAAAAGGAAAACGUGGAAUAACCGUUGAAGACUUUCUAACGUGGCUAGCAACCACUAUUUCUUUUUUUGUUUUGUUUUUAUUAGACUUAUUUUCGGUUUCACAUUCACUCUCUUUCUUUUAAGGUGGCUUUGUCUUUGUCAAAUCUUCUAGUUAACCACGUCUGCAUUAAUUAUAUUAUGGGAUGCUGAUGAUGUAUAUUCACAUUCAACUUUUAUUUUCUUCUUUCUAUUUUAUACAAACCAAACCAAACUAAGGAAUCUUCAAUUCAUCUCCACCGUUGAGAAUAGCAUCACAAAGUGAGAGAGAUGACAAUUGGGUUUAUGGAAGUGCUUCUCGUCAAAGCAAAGGGACUUCAACAGACUGAUAUCUUUGCUCGCAUGGAUCCAUAUGUUUUGUUACAAUACAAACGUCAAGAGUGCAAGAGCGGCGUAGUUCAUGAGGGGGGUAGCAGUCCUGUAUGGAAUGAGAAAUUUGUAUUCAGAGUGGAAUACCCUGGAUCAGGUGACAAUUACAAGCUCACCCUUAAAAUCAUGGACAAGGAUGUAUUUUCUUCAGAUGACUUUGUUGGCCAAGCCAUAAUCUAUGUAAAGGAUUUAUUGGAGGAAGGAGUAGAGAAUGGAUCAGCCGAGCUUCGUCCUCGAAAGUAUAGUGUGGUUCGAGCUGACAAUUCUUAUUACGGUGAAAUCGAAGUUGGUAUAACUUUCAGUCGGAAGGAAGAUGAAUAUAAUGAUGAUGACAUUGGAGGAUGGAAGGAUAGUAGUGACUAUUAGCAUCAGGUGUAGGAUUUGGAAUGGAAGAUGAAGACAAGUUAAAAGUAUUUUCUUUAUACACAUUUGAAUGUGCAUAGAAUUUGAAAUUUCUGCUAAUGGGAUUUAAGUGAUGAAAGAACUUGCAAUUAAUUGAGAUAGUUGUUAAUGAGUUUCACCAUACAAUUUGUAAUCACACAAUGAGUUAAUCAUAUGAGCAUUACUUGGAAUUUUGGUCUUU